AUGGAAUCUUGUCGUCCGAGAGCAAGUGAACGCAACAUGCUGGGACGACGAAGGAUGAGCACCAGCAGUCGCAUCAGCGUCAGAGUUAUGAAUGGCUGAAAUUGCCCAUUAGUCUUUGCCGUGACGACCGCGUGAAGAGAAGAGAGAGAGUGUGGCAGGAUGGACUCCAUCUCUAUGACGGGUUGCAGGAAGCACGUCGCUCUCACACCUUCCCCGUCGUUUUCCCACCACCUUCAAAAUCACGCUAAGACCACUUUUCUUCCCAGUGGCGUGAAGACCGUGCUGGGAGACUCUGACAGUGUUUGUCCAGCUACUCAGCCGACAGUAGCUAUCCUGGGAUCGGGUGACUUUUCGAAGUGCCUCACCAUCCGCCUGCUUCGUCAUGGUUUUCAUGUUGCGGUGGGCAGCCGCAAUCCCGAUCUAACAGCCCAGUUUUUUCCACAUGUGGUAGAUGUUACACACCAUGAAGAUGCCGUGGGAAAGGCCAGUAUUGUGUUCCUGGCAAUCCGCCGAGAGCACUACUCUGUCCUUUGGGACCUCAAACAUCUAUUAAAAGGAAAGAUCCUGGUGGAUGUAAGCAACAACAGAAGGAUGAACCAGUAUCCGCAGUCAAAUGCUGAAUAUCUGGCUUCAUUGCUGCCAGAGUCCAUUGUGGUCAAGGGCUUUAAUGUCAUCUCAGCCUGGUCCAUGCAGCAAAACACUCCCAAAGAUGCAGGUACACAGGUGUUCAUCUGCAGCGACUCCAUGGAGGCACGACAGAAUAUUAUGGAAUUAGCUCGCCAGCUUAGCUUCUUGCCCGUUGACAUGGGUUCCCUGUGCUCUUCGCGGGACAUUGAGAACAUACCCAUACAGCUGUUCCCCGGAUGGAGAGGCCCUGUACUUACUGCUGUGGCCCUUUCCAUUUUUUUUUUUAUAUAUUCUUUUGUGCGAGAUAUCAUACACCCAUAUGUCAAAAACAAGCAGAGUGACUUCUACAAAAUUCCCAUUGAUAUGGUAAACCGGACAUUGCCCACAGUAGCAAUCACUCUUCUGGCCCUGGUGUACCUGGCAGGCCAGAUGGCAGCUGCCUACCAGCUCUACUAUGGUACCAAAUACAGGCGUUUCCCACACUGGCUGGAGGGAUGGCUGCAGAGCCGAAAACAGAUGGGUCUCCUCAGCUUCUUCCUGGCUGCUGUACACGUUCUGUACAGCCUCUGUCUCCCGUUGCGCAGGUCUGACAGAUACCUGCUGCUUAACACUGCAUACCAACAGGUCCAUGCUAACAUAGAGAAUGCCUGGAAUGAGGAGGAGGUCUGGAGGGGGGAGAUGUACAUCUCUUUUGGAAUCAUGAGUCUGGGACUUCUGUCGCUCCUGGCUGUCGCCUCCAUUCCUUCCGUUCAGAACUCACUAAACUGGAGGGAGUUCAGCUUCAUUCAGUCCAAUCUUGGCUACAUUGCGCUGCUAAUUGCUACCUUGCAUGGUCUUCUGUUUGGCUGGAAGAGAGCGUUUGAGGAGGAAGCGUACCGUUUCUACCUGCCGCCCAACUUUGUAGUGGCCCUGGCCCUGCCCGUGUGUGUCAUACUGGGCAAGGUGGUGAUGCUACUCCCCUGUGUGGCCCACAAGCUCCACCGGAUCCGCCGUGGUCUUGACAGUAGUCUGUACCAGUUCCGGCGCCUGGAGCCAGUGGGCUUGGCCGCCCACGUUUCGCCUGUGAAAGUCACUAUCAUGUGAACAUACUGCACUUUAACACAUUCAAACACAGUGUACAAACCACUGUGUGGGUUGCUGCCACCUAGUGACUAAAGGCUUGUUAUCAUUCAUGCGUUACAGCAUUGGUACACUGGUUGUCCAGCAUGCCAUAUUCCAUUGGAAGUCCCUUACACGUCACUGCGCAACCCAGGGGGCCCCGCCCCACUAUUUGAGAAGUACUGCAUUAAACACUGAAGCAAGGGAACUCCAUUCAAUGACAAGCACUUUGCACUAGGUAUAGGGGAUGUCAUGGUUAUUCUGACAAAAUGCAAGAUGCAGGUCUCUAUAGUACAGUACUUGUAAACCCACAAAAAAAACUGUUCUAUAAUAA